AUGGUUCUACAAACAUUAGCACGCUCAAGAAGCGUAUGCGCGCCUCUGAUCGCAUCGCGUGUCAGCGCGAGACAAUUCCAUGCCUCAAUAUCGAGAUCGCUCCACGAGGUGCCCAACCUACUUUACAAGGAUGAAUUCGAGAAGAAUGGUGUCGCCGGUUUCCUCCGCCCCGAAAACUACGAAAUUGCAUACAACCAGAACAUGGCCUACCUCGUGGACCGUCUGAACACUGCUACCGCCGGCACCGAGUACGAGACCGCGACCACCAAGCAGAUCAUCCUCUCCAUGGCACGUAACCCCACCUAUGCCGCAGUCUUCGCCGCCGCCAGCAUGGCUCACAACACGCACUUCUUCUUCGACUCGCUAUCACCCAAUGUCGAAAAGGACCAGCUCGAGCGAUACCACCACCUUACAGAAGCUCUGACCAAAUCCUUUGGCUCCACCAAGGUCCUCCGGAAUACCAUGUUGUCCAUGGCAAACUCAAUGACGGGUCCUGGUUUCACUUGGUUGCUCCAAGCAAAAAAGCACUCUUCCUCUGCUGCUGGAAACACUUCGUCUUUGCCCGAAUACAGACUUUUGAACACAUACAAUGCUGGUACGCCAUACCCAGAGGCCAUGCUUCGACAACAGAGCGUCGACCAGAGCGGCACAACAGGCUACACUGGCUCUGCUGGUUCCUUUGGUUCCUCUUCAUCUCGUGCAAGAGACUCUCCCAAGAUUCCCCCAGGUACUGAGCUCAUUACUCCUAUCCUCUGUGUCAGCACUUGGGAGCACUGCUAUCUGCCCGAGUAUGGUGUAGCAGGAAAGAAGCAAUACCUGAAGGAAUGGUGGAAGUCCAUCAACUGGAACGCCGUCGACAACCGUGCCGAGAAGAGGGCACCGAAAUUGGGCCAGUUCGACAGAGGCUCAAAGUAA